UCUUCUAUGAAAGAACAUAGAGGAAGAGUAUGGUCUAUUUAAGUCAGAAGAAAUAAUGAAUAAGCUGUUAGUGCUAGUGCUGAUGGUUCUUGUAUUAUAUGGGAUCUUAAAUCAUUUACUAGAGUUAUGUGUUUAUUUGAAAGUACCUUAUUCAAAAUGGUUCUAUAUCAUCCUGAAGAAAGUUAAUUAUUAACUACUGGUAGCGAUAGAAAAGUAUUUUAUUUAUUUAUUUAUUUAUAGGUUACUUAUUGGGAAACAUUUGAUGGGUAAGCUAUCAGAAUGUUAGAUGGUUCUGAAGAAGGAGAAGUUAAUGCAUUAGCUAUUACAAAGGAAGGAGAACAUUUUGUAUCUGGAGGAGAAGACAAAGAAGUUAAACUAUGGGGUUAUGAUGAAGGAAUCUGUUAUUUCAAAGGUUAAGGACAUUCAGGUACUAUCACUAGAGUAUUUAAUCUAUUUCUAAAUUAAGAUUACUAUAAGUCCAGACUAAAAAACUAUUAUUUCUGUUGGUGCAGAAGGUGCUAUUUUUAUAUGGAAAAUGCCUGAAUCUGUCAUCAAUUCUAAAGCCUAAUAAGAGUUACCUACUGUUUAAAGUAUUAAAAAAUAAAAUGACAUCCCUUAAUUAUCUUAAUAAUAACAAUCAGCACCUAAAGAUGCAUAAUCAUAAAAAUCUAAUCCAGUUGCCAAAUCAGUCAAAUCAACCACAAAAUCAUCUAAAAAAUGACAAAAUUUCAUUUACAUUCCAUUAUUA